AUGGCAUCAGUAAAAGAAGUUGCGACUUUAUAUCAAAACUUAAAAAGUGAAUGGUCGAAAAAACCUCGAAAACUUGACAAAUGUGGUGAAUUAUUGAACAAAAUAAAGAUCGCUUUAACCCAAUUAUCGUUUUUACCUAGCAAUAAUACUACGGUUAAUCAGAAAGAGUUGAUAUUAGCACGGGAUGUGCUUGAAAUUGGAGCUCAAUGGGCAGUAGCUGUAAAGGAUGUCAAAGCUUACGAACGAUUCAUGUCUCAACUCAAAUGUUAUUAUUUUGAUUACAAAUCCUGUCUUCCUGAAUCAGCAUUCAUGUACCAACUCCUUGGUCUAAACUUGUUGUUCCUUCUCUCUCAAAACCGUGUAGCAGAGUUCCAUACUGAAUUAGAACGCCUUUCGGUUGACAUCAUUCGAGCUGAUCCAUAUAUAAGACACCCCUUGGCUUUGGAGCAAUAUUUGAUGGAAGGGAGCUACAAUAAAAUAUUUUUAGCUAAGGACAAUGUACCAGCUGAAAGCUACACCCUCUUUAUGGACACUUUGCUAGACACUGUAAGAGGCGAGAUUGCUGCUUGCAUUGAGAAAGCCUACCAGUGCAUAUCGUGUGCUGAAGCUGCUAGGAGGCUAAACCUGCCUUCCCAACAGGCUGCGCUUGAAUAUGGGAAAAAGCGUAACUGGGUACUAGGUCCUGACAACUGCUACCAUUUCAAUGCCUCAUCAGAAACAUGUGCUGCUGUUGCUGAUGUGUUGCCAUCAUCCGAGUUGGCAGGACAGACUAUUGAAUACGCCAGACACCUUGAGAUGAUUGUCUAG